CCCACUGCAGCUGUACUGUGCCCUGUACUGGCUUGAAGAGUUCUUGUGGCUCCGAGGUGGCCAAAGGGAGUGAAUGCAGUUAGCACCGCCAGCCAGACCAACUCGCCUCCGAGGUCAUUCCCGCCUUCUAAGGUUGCCGGGACCGCCUGCCCUCCAGCCGCUUCCUCCACCAGAUUUUCAGCUACUGAUGUUACAAACAAAAUAUUGGAACACAGAGUUGAGGAAAAGACUUUAACCAGAUUUUUCUUCUGUUAGUUAAAAAUAUGGAUCCUGAAGCAGAGGGACUACCAAUUAUCAAAGUGACUCCUCUUCAACAAAUGCUUGCCUCUUGUACUGGAGCUAUACUGACAUCACUGCUGGUGACACCCUGUGAUGUUGUUAAAAUUCGACUCCAAGCCCAGAACAACCCAUUCCCCAAAGGAAAAUGUUUUUUAUAUAGUAAUGGACUUAUGGAUCAUCUAUGUGUCUGUGAAGAGGAAGGCAACAAAACAUGGUAUAAGAAGCCAGGACGUUUCCAGGGAACAUUGGAUGCCUUCUUGAAAAUCAUUCGAAAUGAGGGCAUUAAGUCCCUGUGGAGUGGCCUUCCUCCUACCUUAGUGAUGGCAGUUCCUGCCACAGUUAUUUAUUUUACCUGCUAUGAUCAAUUAACUGUUCUUCUGAGAUCUAAAUUAGGAGAAAAUGAAAGCCGCAUACCAAUUGUUGCUGGAAUUGUGGCCAGACUUGGUGCAGUAACUGUAAUAAGUCCACUGGAAUUGAUUAGAACCAAGAUGCAAUCUAAGAAGUUUUCUUACGAGGAACUGCAUCAAUUUGUCAGCAAGAAAGUAUCUGAAGAUGGUUGGAUUUCCCUCUGGAGGGGCUGGGCUCCUACCGUUCUUAGAGAUGUACCAUUCUCAGCAAUGUACUGGUAUAACUAUGAAGUUUUAAAGAAGUGGUUGUGUGCAAAAUCUGGUUUAUGUGAACCGACAUUUAUGAUCAACUUUACUUCAGGGGCAUUAUCUGGUUCGUUUGCAGCUGUUGUAACUUUGCCAUUUGAUGUGGUAAAAACACAAAAGCAGACACAACUUUGGAUAUAUGAAAGUCGGAAAAUUUCUAUGCCUUUGCAAAUGUCAACGUGGGCUAUAAUGAAGAACAUUGUUGCUAAGAAUGGACUUUCCGGAUUAUUUACAGGCCUAAUUCCUCGUUUAAUUAAAAUUGCUCCUGCUUGUGCUGUUAUGAUCAGUACAUAUGAAUUUGGAAAGUCUUUUUUCCAGAAACAAAAUGCUCGAAGACAGCAAUGCUAGAGAUGCUAUUUCAACGUGAAAUAACAACCAUGACCAAAUAAUAAGAUGGAGAAGCUUAGACAAGAGCCUUUUUUCACCAUUAUCUUACAAUGGUUUUAUAUCUUUCUUAUCUAUAAUUUAAAUGAAUAGUAAAUUUCUACUUUGCAUUUAAAUCAUAAUCCUAAUUUUUAAAUAAAUUUAUUAUCCUAAUUUUUGAGAUUUUGAAAAAGAUAUUCCAGAAAUCUUAACCAUUGAGCAUUCUUGUAAAAAAGAAUUAUUCUACACUGAAAGCAAUAAUCUCAGAGUUUGAUAGAAAUCUUGGUGUAAGUUAAUCCUAUUGGGAGUGUGUCAGAGACAACAGAACAUUUUGAAUUGUGUGCUGAAUGAUGUACAGAGUCUAAAAGAAAAAUUCUCAAAUCUUUUAUACACAUUUAAAUCACAGACAUCGAUAUUUAAGUAUUUCAGCAAAGUAGAUAAUGGAAGGCAGUCUUUAGAUAACAUUAUUCACAUAUACCACAUAUUACCUAUUAGUUAUUUUCUUUAAUUCACAUGCAUUUGGUAUUUUGUUUUUUUACCUUGUUACUGUUCUAAGGCCUCAUGAAUAUUCGGAUUUCUCUGAUCAGAGGUGUAUGGUUAUUUUAUCUUCAUGAACCAAAAAUAUAAUAAUUUGUAUGAUAUUGA